CUUUACCAAAAUUCCUUCCCUGUUAAGGAGGGGGACGAAAUAAUGGCGGAAACAUGUGGCCAAGUACUCUUAGGAUCUGGGCUAACUGCCCUUUCCCAUCCUCUUAUGUACAUUAAGGUGUUAGUACAAGUGGGACAUGAACCUCUUCCGCCCACUCUUGGAAGGAAUUUGUUUGGCAGACAGGUGUAUCAGCUUCCUGGACUCUUUGCUUAUGCCAAACACAUAAUAACGAUCGAUGGGAAGUUAGGCCUGUUUAAAGGUCUUGCCCCCAGACUGUGUGCAGGGACCAUCGGCACCGUUGUCCACAGUAAAGUGCUGCAGAAAUGCCACGAGAAGAAACUGGAGGUCAUGAACAGUGGCCAGAAAACAGAGGAGGGAUCUUUGCAGCAUGUAGUCAAUGAGACAACAAAGGAGAUGAUCGCACGCUCCUGUGCCACAAUUGUCACACAUCCAUUCCAUGUGAUCACCCUUAGAUGCAUGGUCCAGUUUAUUGGAAGAGAAACCAAGUAUAGUGGUGUCUUUGAUUCCAUUAUCACUGUCUACAGAGAAGAGGGAAUCCUUGGGUUUUUUGCUGGCCUCAUCCCACGUCUUCUUGGCGAUAUCUUCUCUCUGUGGAUCUGCAACCUGCUUGCUCACUUUAUCAACUCGUAUGCAAUAGAUGACUCAAUGAGUCGUACGAGUGAAAUGAAGAACUGCUCUCAGGCUGCCACUGGGUUUUUUGCCAGUAUGCUGACUUACCCUUUUGUCUUGGUCUCCAACCUGAUGACAGUCAAUAACUGUGGGUUGGCAGGUGGUUUACCACCUUAUGCUGAAACCUAUAAAACCUGGCUUGACUGCUGGAGGCACCUGAGCCGAGAGGGUAAUAUGAGCAGAGGCAACAGUUUAUUCUUCAGGAAGGUGCCGGUGGGAAAGAUGUAUGCCAUUGACCAGAAGCGAUUUUUCUGAAUAGGACAUGCCAACAGAAAUAUAUAUGAGAGAGAGAGAGAUGGUUUGGGUGGGGAAACUCCUAAUCUUUUGUAUGCACUUGUUUAUCAUGAUUUUUUUUUUUUUUUUGGAUAAUCAGUGUCAGCUUCCAGUAAUGGUUUUUUUUCCAUAAAUUUCACCAAAAGUUGCUUUGAUUUGGAAAAGUUAUUUUAAUAUUUGUAUCAGAAAUACCUCUUUUUACUAGAGGUUUAAUGUCAGACAGGCCUUAGCUAGGAAAUUCUGUAAUAUUUAAAUGAAUAUAUAUUAUAUUACCCUUCAUCCCUCCCUCCAAAAAAGGAAAAAAACAACCAGUCCUAAUCUCAGGCCAUUUGCUUAAUGUGUCUCGUAGGAAUGUCCUUGCCUCUCAGCACCUAUCUACGUUGAGUGAAAGAAGAACUGAAGUUCUUCUGAUGCUGAAGGCGUACAUGUAGCUAUUAAAAUAAUGAGUUGUGUUAAAUGAUAGCUCCUGUUGCUGUGUGCUGUGUGUAUGUGCACAUGCUUGUGUGUCCUCACACAGCCUGUAAUGACUUGCCUGGUUCCUCAAACCGGUUCAGGUUUGUAUUGUGGAGAGCGAGCAUGCCCAGAUGCUGAGCUAGAUAGAGUGCAAGAUAGGGUGCAUUCAGCCCACUGGCAUGAAUCAUACCGUGAGGGAGAUCCAUGUGAUCAAGUUCUCUCUCUUCUGCUGUGUUCACAAGUGUUCACAUUUGGACUGUAUAUUUGUAUUAACCUUCUGACUGAUCCCAAUAAAUCCAAGUAUGCCUUUAAUUGGUGUGCUUGGGUGUUUUUCCUUCA